GGGGUGGUCUCGUUGAGGUUCAGUGAGGAGGAAUCAGAUGUAUGGUGAGGGAAUAGAGAUGGAGUUGCAUGAGGGAAGAGAGAUCAGAAGAGAUGGCGCUCAUGGAAGAGGGAGUAGAAGAGUUGCAGCUGCUGAAGAAGAGAUUAAUGGACUACCUGCAGUUAAAGCAUCAUCAGUGGAGACUAGUGACAUGAACAAAGAUGAGUCCCAGGAGCUGAAGGCUGGAUGGAAAAAGUUUCUAGCUCAUGUUGGACCCGGAUUCCUUGUUUCCCUGGCUUACCUUGAUCCUGGCAAUCUGGAGACGGACCUACAAGCCGGAGCGAAUCACAGAUACGAGCUCUUGUGGGUUAUACUAAUUGGUCUCAUUUUCGCGCUGAUAAUACAAUCAUUAGCAGCAAAUCUCGGGGUGACUACAGGGAAGCACCUCGCGGAGCUGUGUAAAGCGGAGUAUCCAAAAUUUGUGAAGUACUGUCUGUGGGUGGUUGCAGAACUGGCUGUGAUUGCUGCUGAUAUCCCAGAAGUGAUAGGAACAUCCUUUGCUCUCAACAUCUUGUUUCACAUCCCAGUGUGGGCAGGUGUCCUCAUCACAGGGUUGAGCACUCUGCUGCUUCUUGGACUCCAGAGAUAUGGGGUCCGGAAGCUUGAACUUUUGAUAUCAGUGCUGGUGUUUGUCAUGGCUGCCUGCUUUUUCGGAGAGUUGAGCUACGUAAAGCCCCCUGCAUCUGAGGUGAUCAGGGGACUCUUCGUGCCGAGGCUUAAGGGCGACAGUGCCACCAGCGAUGCCAUCGCUCUCCUGGGUGCUCUUGUCAUGCCGCACAACCUGUUUUUGCAUUCGGCACUGGUGCUAUCGAGAAAGACUCCUCCCUCCGUCAAAGGAAUCAAUGUCGCCUGUCGGUACUUCCUCUUGGAGAGCGGCUUCGCGCUACUGGUCGCAUUGCUCAUCAACAUAGCAGUUGUAUCCGUGUCCGGAACUGUUUGUGCUACCGAUAACCUCUCAUCUGAUGAUUCUGAUACAUGCAGUGAUUUGACCCUCAACUCAGCCUCUUUUCUGCUCAAGAAUGUCUUGGGAAAGUCGAGCUCCAUAGUCUACGGGAUCGCAUUGCUGGCCUCCGGACAAAGCUCCACAAUAACUGGCACGUACGCUGGCCAAUACAUCAUGCAGGGCUUCUUGGACAUCAAGAUGAGAAUGUGGCUUCAGAACCUCAUGACUCGAUGCGUCGCCAUCGGUCCCAGCCUGAUCGUCUCUAUCAUCGGAGGCUCUGCUGGAGCAGGAAAACUUAUAAUCAUCGCAUCGAUGAUACUAUCUUUCGAGCUACCGUUUGCUCUUAUCCCUCUUCUCAAGUUCAGCAGCAGUCGUACGAAGAUGGGACCUCACAAGAACUCCGUCUUCAUCAUCGUGAUCUCGUGGAUCCUUGGUGUGGGUCUCAUAGGAAUCAACAUCUAUUUCUUGAGUACGAGUUUCGUCGACUGGAUCACCCACAGCAGUCUACCAAGGCCGGUCACAGUUCUCAUCGGCAUCGUCGUCUUCCCCUUCAUGGCCGUCUACAUGCUUGCGAUCCUCUACUUGGCCUUCAGAAAGGAUAGAGUGGUGACCUUUGUGGAUAAGUCUGAUUCAUCACAGAUAGAAAUGGAGGAUGGUGUGCAUCCUUCUGAUGGUAACAAGGCGACUGAAGUCAUGCCGUAUAGAGAAGACCUUGCCGACAUUCCUCUUCCCGACUAAACUCAAAACGAUGGCUUAUUAGCCAAAUCUUUGUAUAACAAGUACAGUGUUGUGCCAGCUAAAAUAAUUCCAGUUAUGGUUCACAGACUUGUAA